GUAUUUAGUUCACUCCGAGGUUUCAUUGGAAGAGAAAGUCCAAGAUAAUUUAGCGCAGUUUUUAUUCUCAAGUAGGUGUCUUUUUUUCCACUCAGACAGAAACAUCUCAAUUCUCUGACAAUGGCGAGCUUUAACAAAGGUCCUGCAUACGGACUGUCUGCGGAGGUCAAAAACAAGAUCGCACAGAAGUACGACCCUCAAAAGGAAGAGGAGCUGAGGAUCUGGAUUGAGGACAUCACCGGCACCUCCAUCGGCCCUGACUUCCAGAAAGGCCUGAAGAAUGGAGUAAUCCUGUGCGAUCUUAUCAACAAGCUUCAGCCAGGCUCUGUGAAAAAGAUCAACAAGUCAGCGCUGAACUGGCAUCAGCUGGAGAACCUGACCAACUUCAUCAAAGCCACCACAACGUAUGGACUGAAGCCUCAUGAUAUCUUUGAAGCCAACGACCUGUUUGAGAAUGGCAACAUGACACAGGUCCAGACAACGCUGCUCGCACUUGCUAGCAUGGCUAAGACCAAGGGCUGCCAUUCCCGGGUGGACAUUGGGGUGAAGUACGCAGACAAGCAGGAGAGGAUGUUUGAUGAGGAGAAGAUGAAGGCUGGACAGUGCGUCAUUGGCCUACAGAUGGGGACCAACAAGUGUGCCAGUCAGGCAGGUAUGAAUGCAUAUGGCACCAGGAGGCACUUAUAUGACCCCAAAGUUCAAAUCCAGCCCCCCAUGGACAACACAACCAUCAGUCUGCAAAUGGGAACCAACAAGGGGGCGAGCCAGGCUGGAAUGACUGCUCCAGGAACAAGGCGUGCCAUCUACGACCAGAAGCUGGGCACAGACAAGUGUGACAACACCACCAUGUCCCUGCAGAUGGGAUACAGCCAGGGAGCAAACCAGAGCGGCCAGAACUUCGGCCUGGGACGGCAGAUCUACGACGCUAAGUACUGUCCUAAAGCUGGAGAAGUCCCAGAUGAGCAAAACGGGGCAGGCGGAGUCCGCGACUACAUCCCAGAUUACCAAGACGAGGGUUACCAAGGUUACCAGGAAGAGGAGCAGGUGUACCAAGAAGAUGGGACAGAUUACUAAGGGGAAGAAGGGAGCCGAGAGGGGGAGAGAGAGAUUGUGUCAAGGAAGCAUGUCCUGCAACACCAUGUCAAGGCAGGCGGUUUAUUUUUUAUAUCCAUUAGGAUGUUGUACCUUUUUUGGGUCAUAUCCUGUUAGUAUUGUAUGAAAAUGUUUUCUUACCCCUAUUUGUGCAAAACCAUUGUAACACAUAUCAUGAUGAACUGUUUUUCUGUGAUUUUUUUUUUUUUUUUUUUAAUAUUUAAAGUGACCACAAAAGCCAGUCCUUUGGCUUAGCUAGUUUUAUAUCCCAGGGAUUUUUGUAAUGUGCCAAAUCCCCACUAUUUUUUCCAGUGGUUUUUGCUGACUCAUUAGUUGUGUUAAGGGAGAUCCCUAAGUUUUUGUAAUGGGAACAUGAAAGUAAAAGUGAAACUUUAGGGAGUUUUUUAGAAAACGCAUGUUAUUUUGACUUUAAAAAAAGAAGCCCAUGCUUGUAUGUAUGUUAUAGCUGAAUCAUCUGUAUAAACAACAUCAAUUUAACUCCUGUGAAUGAGAAUGUACAUCUGUUUGUGUUUUUUACUUCUUCAGUAUCUUCAGUAUUUGUCAUUCACAUAUAGUAAAGAGUUUUCAGACAGAUGAGGGAACAAAAUGGAUAUGUUAGAACAAACCAGUCUUAGCUUUUCUAUUCUGUCUCUCUCCUCACUCAUUUUUUUUUUUUUAAUGGAAGAAAUAUUUCCUUUGUUUGCAUAACCAGUCCAACUGGAGUUAAACUUGUUUUCUUUGGAUUAAAGACAGUAGGGGAAGUGGAUAAAAAAUACUCAAGUGAAGUUUUGAACAUUCCAAGCAAGAAUACUGGAUUUUUUUGUCAUUGAAUAAUGUUUAAGUGAAUCAUUCUUCAAUAUUGGUUGAUAUGCAAACCAAUCUUAUGAUUAUAUUUGAUCAUUUAAGAUUUUUUUUUUAUUUAUGCAUAUUUGUGAUUUGAAUGGGGGCUGUUUUUUCUACCUUGACUCAUUUCGUAUUGAACUAUACUUUUUUUUUUCUUCUGGAAUAAUCUUUAUGCCAGUGGAAAAAUAAUUGACUUGAGAAGUAUGUUUUUGUGAAUACGGUGUAAUAAAGAUGUGUAUUCAUUA